CACCUAAAACCCUUCGACUCGACCUUCGUAGUAUCUCGUACUCUCAAAAAGGGUGAAAAACCCUGAUUUCAGUUCCCUGGCUGUUUUGCCCUCUUCUCCUCAACGAAAAUGGCAGCAGCUGCAACUAGAUUCUUCUCUCUGUUUGAAAGCAACGCCACCGCGACCGCAGCCGCCGCAAACCUCUACCCGUUCCGUGCAAUUCGAUUACCCACUAAACUAUUCUCUUCCCCAACCCUACGCUUCCGCCGCUACUCGUCUUCCCUCGCUUCCGUGAUAGACAAUGAUACCACCACCACCGCGGCCAUUGGUGAAACAAUUGGAGACUCCCACCAACAUCCGUGGCCGGAGUGGGUGACUUUUGUUGACCGUUUGAAGGCCAAAGGUUACUUUAAGAAAGAAAGUGGAACUGAUGUUGCUGUCUAUAAAGAUAUGAGCAUUUUGAAGGAAGCUUGCCUCAGUUUUGGUCGUGAUCGCUUCGACUUAUUUAAGUCACUAUCUAUGCAAGACAUUCAAACUCUUGUAGAAAAGGGUUGUCCUAAUAUCAACAGAAAGACUGUUAAUUCAGGAAAACGAUUGAGAGCCCAUCUACAACUCGAUGAAGGAGAUGUUUGUGGUGUUUGCAUCUUGAGAGGAUCAUGUGAUAGGGCCUAUUUGAUUCUAAAAGACAUUGAAUCGGGUGCUCGAACUGUAGAUAUUGUGCGCAUUUUGUUAAACUAUGCACUUGAUCCAGUUAUUGAUUCAAAUAAGAAGCCUAUAGGGGCAGAAGUCAUUGAAGCAUCUGCAAGAAAAUUGCUUUUGGAGUUGACUGAACUUAGUGACACAGCCAUUGAUCAUGAAGCCCAAAAGCCACCUGCAACAGUUGCUCGAAAGGCGCAAAAUUUUGAUUUUAAACAACGCGAAUGGUCUAGAAAUGUUGAAAUGAAAAGAGGAGAUUGGAUGUGUCCCAAGUGCAAUUUCUUGAAUUUUUCAAGGAAUAAAAAGUGUCGCGAAUGUAAUGAAGAUGGUCCUUUAAAACCUGGUCUUGAUGAAGUUGAAAUGAAAAAAGGAGAUUGGAACUGUCCUCAGUGCAAUUUUAUGAAUUUUUCAAGAAACAUUCGGUGUCUAAAAUGCAAAACUGAGGGGCCUAAAAGGGUUGGAAUUGAUGAUGUUGAAAUGAAGAAAGGAGACUGGAAUUGCCCACAGUGUCAGUUUAUGAAUUUUGCAAGCAACACAAAGUGUUUACGUUGCAGAGAGCAACGUCCCAAAAGGCAACUGAAUUCUGGAGAGUGGGAGUGUCCUUCGUGUGAUUUCUUUAAUUAUGCGGGGAAUGUUGUUUGUCGAAAGUCCUUCUUAAUUUUGUUACUCUGGGAGGGAAUAAAGCUUACAACUUUACACAAACUUCGGUCAAGUCAUAUGAAAUGAGAUGUACAAAUAGGCCUAAGCAUAAGCACAAGAUCGGUGCUUAGUUGGGCCUAUUGGGCCUUGGAGCUUGGUUGUUUAUGGAGCCUAACUGGGCUAAUUGUUUUAGGAUUUGUUUCUUUUUAUUUCAUUAAGCCUUGUAUGGAUAAAUCAUAUCUAUUAAGAAAUGUUGCUGAAUGGAGAUUUAUUUAUUUGAUUGCAAUCCAA